AAGGAGUGACGUUGGGGAGAAGCGGAAGUCCAGAUAAAAAAUCGGAGCGGCGCCGCAUUGCCCGGUUGGGUUUAGCGCCGGUUGCUCCACGCUUCAAUUUUUGAUGCGGUUCCUGUCCUGAGGGUCGGAGAUCUUCUCUUCACGACGGUGGGAUAGGAGUUCAUUGCGACUUCUGACCUCAGCUUUCGGUUUUCGACUUUCUCUCUCCAUACCCGACCGCCACUCCCGGGCUUACACAGGUCAACCCACUCGCCCAACAUGAGAGUCGAAACGUGCCAUUUCUGCUCUAGGCCCGUCUACCCUAGCAAGGGUAUUCAGUUCGUCCGUAACGAUGCCAAGGCCUUCAGAUUCUGCCGAAGCAAAUGCCAUCAGAACUUCAAGGCCAAGCGGCAACCGAGACGUGUGAAGUGGACCAAGGCCGGUCGCGCCGCCAAGGGCAAGGAGAUGAUCGUCGACUCGUCGCUGGUGCUGUCCCAGUUCGCCAAGAAGCGCAACGUCCCCGUCAAGUACGACCGCAACCUGGUCGCCGCCACGAUCAAGGCGAUGGAGAGAGUGGAGGAGAUCCGGACGCGCAGAGAGCGGGUGUUCACGAAGCGUCGGUUGGCGGGCAAGCUUGCGCGGGACCGCAAGCGCGAGGAGGACCGCAAGGUGGUCAUGACCGGCGAGCACCUCAUCCGCAAGGAACUCCGCGAGCGGGAGGAGGGUCAGCCUCUGGUGGCCGACAAGACGAGCAAGCUGCACGGCGAGGAGCGGCUCCGGCAGAAGAAGAAGACCCGUGUACUGGUGGAUGGUACCACCCAGGAGGAGAUGGAUCUCGAUUAAAGGGCAUGCGUUUCCUACGUUUCUUUCUGUCCGACUGUAUAGGUCGGGUUCGAUACCUUGAGGUUAUGAUGGAGUUGGGUUCGUUCUGUGUUUCAAGCUUUUCCUAUCCAAAAGUAUCCAGUAUCCAGUGGUCUCUGGGAUGAACUUUCAUGUCCGAAUUGGUUUCUUUGCAGGUAUAUUGACUUAAU